AUGUUCUCUUCUAACAUCGGCACUUCUGGCCACAGAGCUUCCGCUCUGUACUCGGGCUAUCCGUACUCUCAGUACAAGCCUAUGCCAGCUGGCCUGUUCCAGCACCAGGUGCCUUUUCAGCACCACCAGCACCAUCAGCAUCAGCAUCAGAUGUCUAUGGGCAUGGGCCCAGGCUACUACUCGAACUCGAUGGUUCAAGGUCCGCCUGCCUACAUGCCUGUACAGGCUCCUGUUGCUCCUAUGAAUGCUCCAGCACUUCCACCUGUGGCUGCUCCAGCGCCAGCUCCGGCUCCAGCCCCUGCAGCUUCUGCCGGUGGCAUUAAUGCUGUUUUGGAGUAUGAGCCUAAUGAUAUGGCUGCUUUCCUUUGCUGGUGUGCCUUUGGCAUGCUUAACCAGAAUAGGAAUCCAACCAAGGACUUUGAAAAGAUGGCCGUCUCUAUUUUGUAUGCCACCCGCUUGCCAAAGUCUUCCAUUAUCAUUGCGUUGGAAUAUAUGAACCAGCGUUUCUCCUCGGCUCCCCUUGGCUACAUGUCUGAGCACGAAGUGUUUGUUAAGUUGGUUGUCGCCUUGGUUUUGGCUAACAAGUUCAACGAUGACAACACCUUCACCAACAGAUCCUGGUGUGGUGCUACUGGUCUCCAGAUUGAAGUGAUUAACGAAGAGGAAGCCACCUGGCUCCGCGAGGUUCAAUGGCAGUUGAAUGUGGUGAAGUUCAGAGACAACAUUCGCACUUUGGAGGAAUGUUGGAAGACCUGGUUGGACAAGUACUCUCCACAGAACCAGUCCAACAAUGUCUCCUCUCCUGUGCUGUCUUCUGACAGAGGCUACUACAGCUCAUCACCUAUUCCAUCGUCGCCUCUGUACCAGUCCUCGAUUUCGUCCGGUUACAAUAUUUCUCCAUCUGAUAUGUCUCCAGCGAAGUAUGCUCAGGAGCCUUCAUGGGCCCUGAACUACAACUUUCGUCCGCUGUACCCAUCGCAACCGUCGAUCUGGGCUUACACGCCGACUCAGUACCAGUAUGUUCCCCAGCAUGAUCCCGCUAUGUCUGGCGCCAACUACUUCGGUUACAACAAUCCUUAUUACGCCUGCAACAUGGCUUCAUGCUAA